ACGCUCUAGCCCCGCCCACCAGGCCCCGCGGUAUAAAAGGCCGGCCGCUCUCCCGCGCCGCUCCAGAGGAGGCUCCGGCAAGGGGCGAGGAGGAAGCGUUAGCGCUGCCGAGGAGCGAAGUCUUUGUUUUUGUUGAGGAGCGGGAGGAAAAAAAAAAGUUUUGCAAUUGCAGUUUUGUCUUCAGCGGGCAACAAUGCAUACUGCGAAGCCCCGGAUGGUGGUUCCUUAUGGCCUCAAGACUCUACUUGAGGGGGUCAGCAGAGCUGUUCUCAAGGCCAGUCCACCCAACAUCACCGAAUUUGCUGCUAUCUAUUUCAGGGAGCUGAUACUUUUUCGAGAAGAACAUCCUAAUUUGGACAUUAAAGAUCUGGUGAGAGAAUUUCAUGCCACAAGAGUGGAAGGAUGGGCUGAAGGAGCAGCCACAGCUGCACCAGUGCCCCGAUCCAAAAGGGCUGAUGUCGGAGAUGCAUUUCGGCCAGACUUGGAAACGGUACCAAUGCAUGGUGAACCCAAACGAAAAGAGAAAUCAACUGACACUGAAGAGGACCAGAUAAAUGAAGAACCUAUGCGUGAACUGAGCACCAAGACUACCCAAUUCCCAUCUAAUGUGGGUGAAUUUGUUGUAGACAAGGCUGGGGACGAAAAGGGAGCUGGACUUGCCUAUGUCCCUGCCGAUCCAGCCCAGCUAGCUGCACAGAUGCUAGGUAACAUUGAAACUGUUAGUUCUGAACCUGAAUUGAAGGAUGUGGCAAUUUCAGUGCAGACCCUUCCUACAUCGUCCCGCAGUUCAGAGAAUAAUGUAGCUCCUGCAGCAGUUGCAGAACCUGCACUAGCAGAGCCUGCAUCUGCCCCUGAGCCAGUAUUCGAACCUGAACCCGAACCCAUUUCUGAACCUGAACCCGAACCAGAACCAGAACCUGAACCUGAACCCGAGCUUGAGCCUGAACCCGAGCCUGAACCUGAACCUGAACCCGAGCCUGCCCCAGUAGAAGCAGCUGUUGAAGAAGAAGCACCUCUCCCAGCAGAAGUAGAAGCAGAACCUGCCCCAGCCGACAUGGCACCCGCGGGUUCAGCGCACUCUGUCAGGGCUGGGUCAACCACUCAGAGUCAGACCUCCGUCCCUGGGGAGGUAGCUUUCUCAGGCAGUCAGGCUGAGCAACCACCUGCUGACGCUGAUGCAGUAGAUCCUGAUGCCCCAGACCCCUUUCUGGAAGAACAGCCACCCCCGCCAGCACCACCACCUCCUCCCGAUAAAGACCCAUUGCAAGCGAGCGAAAUUGAGCUCACAUCUGAUUUACAUAUUACACCCAUGUGUGAUGAUGACCCUGAGGCUGGUGGAGAGCCCCCACCACCACCUUACGUAGAGCAGUUUCCACAGCAGAUAGUCAUUCCCUUCGUAGACACGGUAGCAUGUCUCUUAGAUCCUCUAACGGCUAAACUAAAUACAGGCCAGUUGUCUAGCAUUCUAGAUCCAUCUGCAGAUGAUGCAGAAUGUGACCCUAACAGGAUGGAUACUCCAGAGCAACUGAAAUCAGAUGACCCAGGUUUAAUUAUGUCAGCCAUGGCAACAAGCGAACCAGGACAGCCACCACCAUAUUCUAAUGUGUGGACUCUCUAUUGUCUAACUGAUUUGAACGAACAAGGUCGUAAGUCACCACCACUUCAACCACCCCUUCCACCUGUUGGAACUGGUGCGCCUGUUCCCCAGGCAACCCUAUUCAUAUCUAGUGGUAAAGACCAACCGCAGUAUCUACAGCCGCAGAUGAUACAGCAAGGCCAUCCACCACAAGUGUCCUCUCCAACUUAUGUGAUGAUGGAAGAUGGGAAGAAGGGAAGUGCACCACCUUUCAUUUUAGUGGGCUCUUCUGUUCAGAAUAAACAGGACUGGAAGCCUCUCCCUGGCCACACUGUCCUCACACAGCCAGAUGCUGCUGGUAAUGUGAGGAGGUUCGCUACCAUCCCUGUGCCAGUCGCCAGGCCAGCAGAUCCGAAAGUGGCCAACCCCAAUUUUAACUCGACACAGGAUAGCGGCAGGCCUCCAACACCAGUUUUUCUUUCAGUUGCCAUACCACUGGAAGAUGUGAUGGCUGGGAAGAAGGGCUGUGGCGCUGGGGAUAAAGCACCCUUUGCGGGCAGUUAUGGGAUAGCAGGAGAAAUUACAUUUACUACUGCCUCAGUACGCAGGACAGAAUAGAGUAAAGAUUGAGAAGAGGUGCUGCUGCCCAACAUUUCACCCCAGAAUGGAAACCUGCAUCUUUAAUUAAAAUAUUAACUAGUACAAGCAAAUAAAACAGUGCAAGUGAUCCGAA